AUGUUACUUGAAGGAAUCAGCGGGCUGAUUGCCGGGUGAUAAAACGGCUAGAUUGUAUGCGUACAGACAGAGGUGCUCAUUUAUUGAAUUUAUAUCUACGUGUCAGAAUGUAUGUACAAACUAUUAACUACUAACUAUUAACUAAAAAACAUAAACGGUUUGUAGAACUGUAAUCAUCGCUGAACUAAGUAAGAAGUAAGUUGCAAUCAGCGAGAAUGAUGCGUGAUCAAUGACAUUUCGAAUUCGCCCUCGGGCCAAACAGAUAUACGUGUUUACGUAUAUUUUAUUUUGGUCGACCUAUAUUUUCUGCGUGCACUCAAAACUUUCUACGCUCGAUACUCGGGAAUGGACGUGCUACUGGCGACAGCAACGUGAUUUGUAAAUCAAAUUUGAAUCUACCUUUGGCUAAACGUGAGAGAGAAGGAAAGAAUUUUUCGCGGUCUUCAAGUAUGAUGGAAGAGGACAAGUGUUGCAUGAGACUUGCUUUAGACAAGGACCUUACGAAACGUUAGCCCGUGCGAGCUUUUAGUUGCUUAAUCUUCUAAUGAGAGAUUGAGAUUUACCAGCGUUAUCAACAUCAACUUUUAUCCUUCGUACCUUCGUUAAGUAAUCUUCACCUGGCAGAACUUGUUGUGUUGUGUCAAUCCUCCUUAGUUAAAAUGUGAUAGAAAACUGACAACAAUCGAUAGUAACGGUAAUUAUGUUCUAAAUUUGAUUAUUUUGCAUUCGACUGUAAAUUCCCUACCUGAACUAUCUAAUCUUAAAUUUAUGAUAUUUGCAUAAGAGAGAUUACGUAUCAUUUCAAGUCAUAUCUUUUUUUAUAUUAAGAAUUAUUACAGUGGCACAUUCUCAGUUUCAGUGUUAUUCGUAUUUUAGCCAGUUAUACCUAAUUAUAAUAAUUGUUUGCAACGCGGGAUUUAAAUGAAAACGAUUACUUACGACGAGAUUGGUUUCUCGAUAAGAUACUACAAAACUUGAGCUGGUUCUACAUCAGAAACGUAUAAGGGAAAAACUUUCACACCAUGUACGUAAAGUGUCCUUUGGUACAGUGUGUCACGAAGUAUGUUGCUGAACGAUCGGCGUUUAAUCAAAGCUAUCGAAUUCACAAUCGAUCGAAUGUUCAUUGGCAAUUAGAUAAAGAAAGAAUUGUACACGGGAACAUCUGAAAGGAAGAACACGAACGAACCGACACACGGGAGUCCAUGGAAACCUAGAGAGUCGUAAACAGUUUCGUCGGAUCCACUUGUACGUGAGUACAAUCGUUCCCUAAUAAAGACAAUCAGGCCAGAAUAUUCUCGACGGCUAACUCGUCAAGUGUUUAAUCAUCUUUGUUGUUCUUCAACCAAGAUGCGAUAGAAGACGUACUGGACAUACUGGCUACAGUUAUUUGAAUACCUGAUACAAUUCGAUCAGAUGAUUCAUAUUUUUAUUUAUUUUGCAUCUUUUCUCUCUUGAAAAAGAAUUCUUUUUGAAUUUAAACUGGACGCGGAUAAUGGAACAUAUUUAAAGUUGUUCAAUUCAAGAGACAAUUUUUAUUCAUUUCCAAUUGUUUUUUUUUUAUUUCUACUAAUUAAUACUACUUAUUAUUUUUACUUACAUUUAUUUAUUGUAUUGUACAGUUGCCUGAGACAAGGUAAAAGACCAGAGUUGUAUAUUUUAUGUAUUCUUGUAAUCUUCCGGACUUGUAAUCUUCCGGAAGUGUCUAAAUGUUUAUUGAUGGCAGUGCACUUGAGGGAAAGUUGUGAAGUUAAAUUCCUCAAUUCUUUCUUACCACUUCCGGGCGAGUUUCUACGAACGGAUUUAUCUCGUGAGAGAAUCAAAAGGGAAACGAACCUGUAGAACAGUUGCUCUUGAAGAAAACACACGCGUUGACUCGCUGGUCAAAAGUUGGAUAUUUGAGUUGGUCAAGUGUAUAUUGAAAAAUUGACACUAGCCAAAUUUCACUAGGCCAAUAAGAUUACGUCAUCCUGUUCCGAGACUGGAAAGAACAAGGAAAACAUGCCCUUCGAAGGUGAUAAAGAACGUGCAAACUUCGACCAAAUCGUCGUUUGCGGUUAAAAUUCAGCAUCGUACAUAAUGUAUGAGCUACCAAUCUCUCCCUGUAUACUACGCACGGUACAUUUCUCCGUUUGUAAUGUACGAAUAAGUAUGCUAAGCAGGCAUACUUAAAAGUAUACCUGCCUGUUCGUUUCUACAUUUAGAGUAGCUUUUUAUUAUUACACGUGUUAUUGCGCCGUUCUUCUCAAGUUUUUCUGGCCAUUGCCAAUGUGCAGAGAGAAAGAAAAAUCUCGAGUUAACGCUGUAAUCUGAGUGCUGUAGAGAUACCAAGUGGAAAUGAUUGGACGUAUAAUUCAGAAACUUGACACAUCGGUAUUGAUAAC